AUGCAGAAACAGGAACAUUACAGAAACGCGCCCAUUGAAAAACGUCGCCCGUGAAAAGUGGGGUACCCAUUAGGCUUUGCGACUACCGUCGUUUUCGGUCUCUUAUGAACUUCAUAGCGGUUAACUAUUCUCACACCUCAAGAGACAAUGCAGAAACAAUAGAAGUAGGUUGCCAUUGUUUUAAGUGUUGGAAUGUCUUUGUCAGUGCUUCAAGUUUAUGCAAAGAGAAGCAUUUUUCUUCCUCGUGCACUAACAUAAAACCCUCGCGAAUUCGGUAGUCUCGUGCGAAUCGUUUUGAUGGCAAAACAGUUAAAGCUAAUCAGAAACCAAAGUAUUCUUCACUUAAAAACUCAUCUUCACGAAAAUCACUCGAUAAGAUUGAAUAAAAAUGUUUGCAGCGUUUAUAAAUAUUAUUAUCAGAAGCGGUAUUGUAGUUGUUUUCAAGAGACGGAUUAGAUCGCUGUCUAGGUUUGGCCGUUAAAUAUGUAGUUAUAGCGUUCUUAAAGAAAGUAUCGCUCUUAAUUUUGCCUUAUACUUUGCUAAAAUCAAUAUCUUAAAUGAAGAAUGUAAGUGAGAGUGCUUUUUCGUCGAAUUUGCCCGUAAAUUUUAAGGUUUAUAAUAUUAUCCAAAACCCGUGACAAAAUGUAAACAAACUAUUAACGCAUCGGUUGCGCUCAUAUUUCAUCGAUCGAUUCGAACACCAAGAAGUUUGUAAAAGGUAAAAAUUCAUUUUAAGUCAGUGCAUUGAAUUAUUUACGGCAAAAUCAACAACAAUCAUCGAGGAUUUUUCAAUUUUGAAGCGUUUAACAGCAAAAAGUCACAUGCUAAUUCGGAGUAAAUUUAGACAGUUUUUAAACAGACUGAGCUAUUGUUAGUCGCAUAAAGUUCUAUUCUUCAUCGAAGAAUAGGCAAAUGUUGCGGAUGUCUGAGCAGGAACAAUAACCAGGAAAGGGAUAUACCCAGGGGGUUUCUUGAUUGACACUAAAUUAACGUCAUUUUUCACUUAUUUGCAUUUUCACGAUCGACGUUUUUGAAUGGGCGCGUUUCUGUAAUGACACGCUCCAUAUUUUACGUCCUUCUAGAUUUUCCCAUUUAUGGCAUUGUACGUUUAUCAGUGACGACACAUGUGUUAUUUCUGGUUCUAUUUUAACCGUUCAGCUGUUUGACGUUAAAUCUGGUGAACUUCUAACUGAAAUUGAUGUGGAAAGUCGCGUGAUCUGUUUAGCAGCCUGUCCCUUCAACCGUGUUUUCGCCAUCGGCCUGCCAGACUCUACACCUAAUUUCAAAGUUAUCAGGGUGCAUUUGCCGCGAGGCGAAGACCGUGGAAACUUGGAAAGGUAA